AUGGACAUUGGUGCUGGUGAAAAGAAAGAUCCCCUUGUCGAGUACAAGGAUGAUUUGUACGUGUACUACAAGAAUGUAGAGAUUUCUUUUUGUGCUCCACCAAACUACAUGACCGGUCAAUAUGAUAUCAAUGAAAGAAUGCGACGUAUUCUGAUUGACUGGUUAAUUGAGGUACAUGACAAGUUCAAUCUGAGGCCGGAGACCCUAUAUUUGACUGUCAAUCUGAUUGACAGGUUCUUAGCUGUUCAACCAAUUAUGAGGCAAAAGUUCCAGCUGGUUGGGGUCACCGCAAUGCUUAUUGCAAGCAAAUAUGAAGAGAUCUCAGCACCUGCUGUGGAAGAUCUCAUCUUGAUAUCUGACAGAGCCUUCACCAGAAAUGAGGUUCUUCAAAUGGAGAUUUUGAUGGUCAGCAAGCUUCAGUUUCACCUUUCGAUUCCAACUGUGUACGUAUUUGUGAAGAGGUUCCUGGAAGCUGGCAAAUCUGGCAAUGAGAUGGAGCGCCUUGCAUUUUAUAUGAUCGACCUUUGCCUGGUCGAGUAUCAGAUGCUCAAGUUUCCACCAUCUAUGUUAGCAGCAGCUGCUGUUUUCACUGCGCAGUGUACUCUUGGGAAGGCAGCUGAAUGGAGCAGGCUGAGCGAGAAAAUUACAGAUUACAAGAAUCACGAACUAAAGGAAUGCUCGCAGCUGAUGGCUGGAUUUCAUCGCAGGGCCGCGGCAGGGAAAGUAACGAGUGUUUUCAGGAAGUACAACUCGUACAAAUAUGGAUAUGCUGCGAGUGCAGAACCUGCUCAUUUUCUGUUGGAUCCCUCCAUUUGA